GCGAGAGGAAGGCGGGGAAGGGAACAUGCAGAGGAGGGAGGGGGAUGGAUGAAACAGGUGUGUGUUAUGAAAAGCAGCCGAAGAAUGGUUAUCAAAACAACCAUGUUGAAAUGUCUAGUUGUGGUUUGUGGAGCUCCGUGAUUGAUGGCUCAGCUGUGUCACCUGGAUGCAAAUACCACACAGCGCCCAUGGAAUAUACCGGCUAACAACGCAGGUUUGAUUCAGAUGUUUGGAUCUGAGCAUCCGCGGUGCCCUCCCACCAGGAUUGCUCAUCCAGCUUCCAGCAGAGAUUCAACCAGAAGAGCUGCAUAACCGAAGACUAUAAACGUCUCCUCUGCAUCAUGGCCAUGGAAAGUGUUGAAUCUGGCCUCACAUGGGAGGUGAGGGCAAACAGCCGCCACUACCACCAACACAAACAGAAGAAAUCCUUUCUGUGCUUCCGCUGGGGGCGAUACGCGGACAAUGUGGUCCGCAGCUACAAGUACUCCCCCCUGACCUUCCUGCCCCUGACGCUGUUUGAACAGUUCCAGCGAGCGGCCAAUCUCUACUUCCUCCUCAUGGUGGUGUUGCAGUGCGUUCCUGCCAUUUCAUCCAUACCUUGGUACAUCACCAUCAUCCCGCUGUUCAUCGUACUCUCUGUGAGAGCAAUAAAAGACCUUGCCAACGACAUGGCAAGGAGACGCAGCGACUCAGAGAUCAACUCCCGACCCUGUGACGUACUCAUCUCCCAGAGUUUCAGCAGAGCACAGUGGAAAGAGCUGCGUGUGGGAGAUGUGCUGCGGAUCCACAAAGAUCAAGUCAUCCCUGCUGACCUUCUCCUCCUGUGUAGUUCAGAACCUCACAGUCUGUGUUAUGUGGAGACAGCAGAUAUCGAUGGAGAGACUAACCUCAAGUUCCGGCAGGCGCUCAGUGCUACACACAACGAGCUGACCUCUCACCCCUCAGAGGAGAUGCUUGCUGCCUUUGAUGGUGUCGUGCUCUGUGAGGAGCCCAACAAUCGCCUGUACACCUUCAGAGGCCAGCUGCACUGGCGAGGAGAGUGUCUCCUGCUGGACAACGAGCACAUCCUCCUCAGGGGAACAGUCCUACGCAACACAGAGUUUGCCUACGGCUUGGCUGUAUACACUGGCGCGGACACCAAGAUCCUGAGGAACUGCGGGAAACUGAGAGUGAAGAGGACUCAGACGGAAAAAGUUUUCAACAGAGUGGUGAUCGGGAUCGUCCUGUCCGUGCUGCUGGCAGCUCUGCUCCUUGCCAUCGGCGGUGGUGUGUUUUCGAGUUGGGUCAUGAGCCAUACAGGGGUUUCAUCUGCUCUGGUGGUUAACGGCAAUCCCGUCUACACCGGGUUCCUCGUCUUCUGGAGCUACAUCAUCCUGCUCAGCCCGGCCAUGCCGAUUGCUCUCUACAUCUCGUUUGAGGUGAUCCACACGGUCCACAGCCUGUUUAUUGGCUGGGAUAUGGAGAUGUAUUGGCAGCAGGCAGACAGACCGGCCCAGGCCAGGAAUACCUCACUGAAUGAGGAGCUCGGCCAAGUGGGAUACCUGCUGAGUGACAAAACUGGGACACUAACACAGAACCGUCUGCUCUUCAGACAAUGCUGCAUAGCUGGGGAGAUCUACGGUGAUGCAUCAGUCAGGGCAGAGGAGACAGAGCCGAUGGACUUAAGCUGGAAUCCAUACGCCCGCGGUGGUCUCUACAUGUCGGCUCCUAGCCUGGUGGAGAGGCUCAGAGGACAGCAGUGUCCAUUCAGCAGACAGUUCCUCAGUGCGCUGUCUUUAUGUCACACUGUCAUGGCAGAGUGGAAAGAAGAGGCUCCAGUUUACCAGGCUGCGUCCCCAGAUGAGGAAGCGCUUGUUGGUGCAGCCAGGGAGCUGGGCUGGGUCUUUCUCUCCAGGACAAGAGAAUUUAUCAUUGUCUCCGAGCUGGGCGUCACUCGCCAGUACGAGCUGCUCGCACUGCUGGACUUCACCAGCAAGAGAAGACGCAUGUCCGUACUGGUGCGGGAGCCGGAGGGUGGGUUAAAGCUGUACUGUAAAGGGGCAGACAUAGUGAUCCUGGAGAGACUGCAGAAGGACUCUCCAUAUCAGGAAAGGACUGAAAGUGCCCUGGAGUUGUUUGCCCAGGCCUGUCUGAGGACUUUGUGUGUUGCGGUUCGAUCUGUUCCUGAGGCAUCAUGGGAGCAGUGGAGUAAGACUCUGGCCCAGUCUGCUGCCAUGGCGACCUGUGACCGUGAAGCAGUGCUGGAAAGGCUGUAUGAUCAGAUGGAGAGAGAGCUGCAGCUUCUGGGGGUGACAGCGAUAGAGGACCGGCUUCAGGAGGGUGUUCCUCAGACUAUUGCUCUGCUUCAACAGGCUGGGCUUAAAGUAUGGGUUCUGACAGGGGACAAAAAAGAGACUGCAGUGAACAUUGGAUAUUCUUGCAAGCUACUGGAUCCUAAUACCAGAUUACUGGAAUGGCAGGAGCUGAGACAGAUACUCCAGUCCCCAGACCCAGGGGUCAGUUUCUUCAAGGCCAGACAGACAGAGCUGUGGGCUGUAGACAAGCAGACGGCUGGAGCAAAGACUGCUGUGGUCCUCACUGGGCCUGAGCUGGCAGAGUUUGACCAGAGACCAGAGUGGGGGGCCACAUUCAUGAGCCUGGCAGAACAGUGUCAAUCGGUGCUAUGCUGUCGCGUAACACCCGGACAGAAGGCAGACAUCGUCACGCUAGUCAGGAAACACACCCGCUCAGUCACCAUGUCCAUCGGGGACGGUGCCAAUGAUGUGAACAUGAUCAAGACGGCUCAUGUUGGUGUGGGACUGGAGGGGGUGGAGGGAGGUCAGGCGGUGCAGAACGCAGACUUUGCAUUGUCCCAGUUCAGAUUUCUGCAGAGGCUGCUGCUGGUCCACGGCCGCUGGUCCUACAGACGCAUUUCCCUCUUCUUGCGCUACUUCCUGUUUAAGACCUGUGGGUUUGCGCUUGUGCACAUAUGGUUUGGUUUCUUCAAUGGCUUCAGUGCUCAGUCUCUGUAUGAGACAUGGUUCAUCGCUUGUUACACUGUCUUCUACACAGCAGCCCCAAUUAUGUGUGUGGCCUUCUUUGAACAGGACGUGAGCGCAGACAGCAGCCUGAAAUGGCCGGAGCUGUACAAGUCUGGACAGAGACAGAAGCUGUCCAGCCCUCUCAUGCUGUGCUUAUCCCUCCUGUAUGCUGUCUACACAUCAUUCGUUCUCUUCUUCAUCCCGUUUGGGGUCUUUUACAACACAGCCUAUGACUACCAGACCAUGGCUGUCACUGUCUCUAUGGCAGCCAUGUUCACUGCAACCAUCGAGGUGACGCUGCUGACCAGAUACUGGACGAAGUUCAACAUAGCAACCGUGUGUGUUUCUGUGGUGUUUUUCUUCAUCUGCACCAGGAUCACCCACAGCGCCCGCAUAUUUGAGAGAUCACCCAGCGACUAUUACUUUAUCGGUGCGUCUGAUAAGGCCUUCAUCGAUCCACUUGUGUGGCUCACAGCUCUGCUCACUACCUGGACGGCUGUUUUGCCCUCAAUAACCGCUCGUGCUCUCAAUGUCAUCCUCACCAUGCAUGACAAGCACAAGGUCCACAAUGUGCCCGGUCAGCAAGUGGAGCUGAAGUCAAAGUUUAGAAGGGGAACGUCUGCUCGCCGUUCCUCUUAUGCCCUCUCUCAGGGGGCGGGGCCUGGACGUCUCAUCACUUCAGGGACCUGCAUCCGCAGCACAGUGCCGACGGUGGAUGAGAAGGUGACUGCAAGUACUGAAUCAGGAGUACAAAUUGACAUGAAGGACACUAGCGUUGCACCAAAUUGAACAUGAAUAAUGAUAAUGAUAAAGUUUAGCUUUUGAUAUGGGACAAUAUUUCACGUAGAUUGUUACUGCAACAUAGAAUUGAGAGGAUGAAUCGCUAUGUGUCUGCACCUCAUCGUCUAAUCAUCUGUGUGUGCAGUUCUUGCCUGCGCUCAUCUUUUGUACAGCUAUUUUCCAAUAAAGUAAAUGUUGUAAUAUACAAAGUACAUUAUGUGCUAUAAAUCUUGUUUAUUGUCUUUACAUAGACGGUUUACCUCUGCAUGAAUAUCUCUGAUCUUUGUUGUUUGAGACUGUUGUGGUAAAAAUCAAAUCAUCUGCCGGCGGUCACAGG